AAUCGAUUUUCUCCUAAGCAUUAUCCCCAUUAAUCUUCUUUCCUAAUCACGCUGAAAAAACCUUUCAGAGAAUCUCCCGCUUUCUGGUACUUAUCUCUACAGAUUUCAAUUCCUUUUUCAGAUUUUUCUCUCCCAUUCCUGUAUUAUAUAUUCAUCCCCCUCUCCCUACUCUUGUAUACUUGCAUAUAACCUCAUAAGUACGCUUGCAUUUACUACUCGUAAGAAAAAUGGAGAUCGAUCUUUCACCCAAGUUGGCCAAGCAGGUGUACGGUGGCGAUGGUGGUAGUUACCACGCUUGGUGCCCGGAUGAGCUCCCUAUGUUGCGCGAAGGGAAUAUCGGUGCCGCCAAACUUGCUCUUGAAAAGAAUGGAUUUGCUCUUCCUCGGUACUCUGAUUCUUCAAAGGUCGCUUAUGUUCUUCAAGGAAGUGGUGUGGCUGGCAUAAUCCUCCCUGAAAAAGAGGAAAAAGUCCUUGCAAUCAAGAAGGGUGAUGCCAUUGCUCUUCCUUUUGGAGUUGUAACAUGGUGGUAUAACAAAGAGAGCACUGAAUUGGUAAUCCUGUUCUUGGGUGACACCUCAAAAGCCCACAAAUCCGGCCAGUUCACCGAUUUCUUCUUGACUGGCUCAAAUGGUAUUUUCACUGGUUUUUCAACUGAGUUUGUCUGCAGGGCAUGGGACUUGGAAGAAAAUGUUGUUAAGUCCCUUGUUGGAAGCCAAACAGGCAAAGGUAUUGUGAAGCUUGAUGCAGGCUUCAAAAUGCCUGAGCCAAAGGUGGAGCACAGAGAGGGCAUGGCAUUGAAUUGUCUGGAAGCUCCUCUUGAUGUUGACAUAAAAAAUGGUGGCUGUGUUGUUGUUUUGAAUACUAAGAACCUUCCUUUGGUCGGUGAGGUUGGCCUUGGAGCCGAUCUUGUAAGGUUGAAUGGCAGUGCCAUGUGUUCUCCUGGUUUCUCUUGUGACUCAGCCUUGCAGGUAACUUACAUUGUGAGAGGCAGUGGCCGUGUCCAGGUCGUUGGUGUUGAUGGGAAGAGGGUCUUGGAAGUCCAUGUCAAGGCUGGUAACUUGUUUAUCGUGCCUAGAUUUUUCGUUGUUUCCAAGAUUGCUGAUCCUGAUGGAAUGGAAUGGUUCUCCAUCAUCACCACUCCAAACCCCAUAUUUACUCAUUUGGCUGGGAGCAUAUCUGCUUGGAAGGCUUUGUCCCCGGAAGUGCUGCAGGCAUCAUUCAAAGUGUCGCAGGAGAUCGAAAAGGCUUUCAGCUCAAAGAGGACUGCCGAUGCCAUCUUCUUCCCUCCACCAAACUAAAGGGAAGGAUGAAUAUAGCUAUAAUUACCUUUAAGUCUGCACUGCAUGCCUCAUCAUUUCAAAUAAAAUCUGUGAAGAAUGGACAUUGAUCGUGUGUAUUUGCUCCUUCAAAUAUUCAAGGAAUUUCAUUUUACUCUCUGCA